CGGGACAACACGAAAACAUUGCGUUUUUUUUCACAAUUUAAGCCUAAAUAUACUUGAUCUGUCUAUAAUUUUCUUACAAGUUAAAGAUAAUAGGAAUCUCUACUAGUCAAAGUUCAAUAAUUGUUACUUUAAGUUAUUGUUCAACAUUAAUUUGUCUUAUGAAAUGUCGAAAGCGGAAUCUACUUCUCGAAGCGGCACCGAUGGCCUGAACGUGGAUUUUAUGCGUUCACUAGUCAAACAGUACUCUGAACUGGGUCUAUGGACUAGUGCGCUGUUCUGGGCGGAUGCAGCGGCGGCUGCUGGCAGUGGGACGGGCACAGCAAGUGGCGAUGAUGUGUGGCUGCUUGCCAGCGCCAUGUUGGCCCGGGGGGAGUACCAUCGGGCCGCUUAUGCUGUUACAUCUAGAGGCUUGCAUAAACAACAUUUACUAUGCCUGGGCGUAGCCAUGCGCGCCCACCUAGCGGCGCAAGAGGCCGCCACAGCCCUGGCACUCUUCGAAGAGAGUGAUCCCGCGCUUUUGGAGGCCCGGAGUGACCAGACACACAAUCGUGCGCUAGCAGGCGUGCUAGUAUCCCAAGCACGCGCUCUCUCCUCGCUCGAGCGGCGCGACGCGGCUUCAACCGCUUUAUGCAGCGCGCUCCGAGCCGACUGCGCGUGUGUGGAGGCCCUCGCGCUCUUGCACCGGCAGACACCGCUCACACACAAACAGGAGAUAGAGUUGCUGGACUCUCUACCCAUUAGCAGCCAGUUAGGUGCCGCGGAGGGAGCGCUGCUGCGGGCCGCGUACCGGGACCGGGUGUACCGGCAUUCUACGCCCCCACAGGAUACAAAUGAUCCGGUAUCAUCGUCAACAGAAGUUGUCCGCGCGCGUACAGCCGAGGCCGCCGCGUCGCACGCGCGGCGCCUCGCGGCUUCUUGCGACUGGGCCGGGGCCCUCAAGGCCCUAGAUGCGGUGGACCCGUGGUGUGCCGCCCCAGUUAGGGCUGCGUGCUUAGUGGAACUUAAGAAGAGUGCGGAACUGUUUGCGUUCGCACAUACACUUGUGGACGCGUAUCCGAACUCGUGGACGUCUUGGUUCGCUGUGGGAUGCUACUAUUACUUAAUAGGCAAGAACGAGUUAGCGCGGCGAUACCUGAGCAAAGCGAAGAGUUUAGAGCCUGGCGCGGGCUGCGCCUGGCUGGCACAAGGACACAGCUUCGCGGCCGACAACGAGCACGACCAGGCCAUGGCGGCGUAUUUCAAGGCUAGUCAACUAAUGGCAGGCAGCCACUUGCCACCGCUGUACGUGGGCGUGGAGUGCGCCCUGUUGAACAACUUUACCAUGUGCGAGCGGUUUCUACUGCGCGCCGCUACGCUGCACUCUUGCACAGAGACGGGCGAGGAGGAGGGCUGGGACACCAUAGCUCGCGUAGUCAAAGAGCCUCAUGUAGCUCACGAGGCAGGGGCCGCUGCUUUUGCUGCGGGGCAACCUCGAGCGGCUAAAGAGCUGUGGUUGGCGGCGUUACAAGCCGCGCCCGAGGUAAGAGGCGAGAGCGAGAACAUGCACCCGCGCUGGGCGGCGACGCUGGACGCGCUGGGGCACUCGUGCCGCAAGCUCGGGCAGCUCACGGAGGCGCUGGCCUGGCACGAGCGCGCGCUGGCGCUGCGCCCCGCGCGCGCCGCCACGUACGCGGCGCGCGGCCUGUGCCUGGCCUUGUUAGGCCGCGAGAGGGACGCCGCCGACGCGCUGCACGCCGCGCUGGCCAAAGACCCCGACGAUGUGGUGUCGCUCGCGCUGCUCGAUGCUAUAGUCGACAGACUCGACGCUGCACUAACAGAGGAAGAAAUCCCAGCCUUCCCAUUCGGUCCCGUGGAGAUCUCCCUGCCCCCCACUCCCGCCGCGCCGGGCACGCCGGGCGCCGGCACGGACCACUCCGACAUGAGCAUGAGCUUCGAGCUCAGCAUGAACAACGACUGAACACCUACACUUAGACUUUGAACACACUGCGAUUAAUUUAUUGCGGUUUCAGAACCGCAAAAAGUGUAACCGGCAUGCUUCAUAAACGCUCACACUUGGAAGACUAAAAUGAGUUCUAAACCUUAAUCAAUUAA